AUGCCUGAAGCUCUCUGAUCAUUAUUUUGAAUUUUAGCAAUUUUUUUUUAUCAUGCCAUUAUAAAAGCUUGGCGUCAAUUUUCAUUAAUUUUCCGCCCAGAGCUUCCCUGAAACCAAAAAAUUUCCCUCCCAAUUGCCGUUGGUGAAGAAAUGAUGGAAGGUCAAGGAAACUGCGAGAAAACGACAAACAAACAGAAACAGCGAAACCAGAAUCUACUCGCCUUCACCGGCGCUGCCGCUUUACUAGCUCUCACUGUUAGCUUCGCUAUCUCCGCCUUCAAUUCCCAUCGCAAAAAGUCAAAGAAGAAAGAUCUUCCAGGUUCAACAGUUCACAUCAAUCUUUCUGCGUCUGAGAUUUUGAAAUUAGCUAAUCGAAUAAUUUCCAAGUCAAAAGAGGUUCACGACGCAGUUGCUUCUAUACCUCUUGACAAGGUCACUUAUGCUAAUGUUAUCGCACCGCUAGCAGAUUUGGAUGCACAGCAUUUUCCACUGAUUCAGUCUUGUGUGUUCCCUAAGUUGGUAUCUCCUUUGGAAGAUGUGCGCAAAGCAAGUGCCGAAGCUGAGCGGAGAAUAGAUGAGCACAUUUCUACAUGCAGUAAACGUGAAGAUGUAUAUCGUGUUGUGAAGGCUUUUGCUGUGAAAGGGGAAUGGAUGAGUCCUGAAGCAAAACAUUAUGUUAAGUGCCUGGUUACUGACUUUGAACGGAAUGGUCUGAACCUUACUGUUACUAAGAGAGAGGAAGCUCAACGCCUGAGAGCUCAAAUUGAUGAGUUAAGCUUACGAUAUGUCCGAAAUUUGAAUGAUGAUAGCACUUAUCUUCUUUUCAGUGAGACUGAGCUGGUUGGAUUACCAAUAGAGUACCUGAAGAGCUUGGACAACAAUGAAAAUGGUAAAUAUAAGGUUACAAUGAAAAGUCAUCAUGUUGUAGCGCUGCUGGAGCUUUGCAAGGUAGGAACAACGAGGAGGAUUGUUGCUACAACAUAUGGGAAGAGGUGUGGAGAAGUCAAUCUCUCUGUCUUAGAACGUUUGGUUGAAUUGCGCCACAAGUACGCAAGGCUAUUUGGCUAUUCAAACUAUGCAGAUUACGCUGUUGACCUUAGAAUGGCAAAGACAUCCUCAAAGGUUUUUGAAUUCUUAGAGGAUAUCUCUGCCAGUUUAACUGACAUGGCAACCAGAGAACUCAACGUGUUGAAAGAUUUAAAGAAGAAAGAGGAAGGCGAGAUUCCAUUUGGAAUUGAGGAUCUAUUAUACUAUGUGAAGAGGGUUGAAGAAAAACAGUUUGAUCUGGACUUUGGAGUACUCAGGAAAUUCUUUCCUGUCAAUUUGGUUCUAUCUGGGAUAUUCAAAAUAGUGCAAGACCUUUUUGGAUUAAGAUUUCAAGAAAUGUCAGACCCUGAGGUUUGGCAUAGUGAUGUUAGUGUCUUUUCAGUAUUGGACUUAGGUUCUGGUGAACUCUUGGGCUUUUUCUACCUUGAUUUAUACAAAAGGGAAGGAAAAUAUGGUCAUACUUGUGUGGUGGCUCUGCAAAAUGGUGCAUUACUAUCUAAUGAAGCACGGAAGAUUCCAGUAGCAUUAUUUAUAUCUCAACUGCUUAAGGAUAGUGGUGGUCAUCCCAGUUUAUUGAGAUUCUCUGAAGUGGUUAGCCUUUUCCAUGAGUUUGGCCAUGUGGUCCAACACGUUUGCAAUCGUGCAUCAUUUGCCAGAUUCUCAGGGUUGCGUGUUGAUCCCGACUUUGUGGAGAUCCCUUCUCUGGUGUUAGAAAACUGGUGUUAUGAGAGCUUCUCUUUAAAGUUGAUAUCAGGUUUCCAUCAGGAUAUUACAAGGCCCAUUAAUGAUGAAAUAUGCAAAUUGCUUAAAAGAUGGCGAUAUUUCUUUUCUGCACUUAAAUUGAAGCAGGAAAUCCUUUAUUGUCUUUUUGAUCAAAUUAUACAUUCUGCUGACAAUGUUGACAUUGUCGAGUUAUUCAAGCAUCUUCACCCUAAGGUUAUGUUAGGUCUGCCAAUGUUGACUGGGGCCAACCCAGCUUCAUGUUUCCCACGCAGUGCUAUUGGUUAUGAAGCUGCUUGUUACAGUCAGAUUUGGAGUGAGGUCUUUGCAGCUGACAUAUUUACCUCAAAAUUUCAUGAAGAUCUUUUGAACCACAAUGUUGGCAUGCAGUUUAGAGACAAGGUACUGGCCCCAGGAGGAGCAAAAGAACCAAUUGAAAUUUUAUCAGAUUUCCUUGGAAGAGAACCAUCCAUUCAAGCUUUUAUUGAUAGCAGGGCCGAAUAUUUAUGAUGUCAAUGUCAAAUAUUUAAUGAAAAUUAGCAAGCUUGUCAAACAGGUACUUAAAUUAUGCAAUUUCGAGGGCUCAAAAGCACAUGAUACGCAAUUUCUCAGUAGGUAAGCAGAGGCUGCUGGUCCGCUAUUGUGGACCCACCAAAUUGGUCAUGGUGAAGGAAUCCCCAUAGGACUUAAAUUAAUGUUCACUUGCCAAUGGAGGUUAUAGAUUGACCUUUCUUCAAAAGGGGACCAACUUUGAGCAUUUCAAAACUUGGUAUGGGGGAAGAAUGGUAUGUGAAAGUGAGAACAACUAUACCUAUCUAAAGGUAUUUCUGUUCUUGGGAUCUCCAAAAAAUAUGGUAAUGCUUUUUCUCAAAUAUUCCUUGUGGUUUGAAAUUAUUCUAAGUUUAUAUAAAACUUUUUUGGUAUUGAUUUGAAAAAA